AACAAUGUAACGAGUUCGCUGACCGUAUUUAUGGAGAGGAAAUGGGCAGAAAUCAUAAAUGGUAUCGGUGCAAAUAUGGAAGAAUAUGGUUGAACAAAUCUGAAACAGGACAUGCCUUAUGAACUCCCGUAUGCAGUGAAUUAUUGGACAUGAUAUUGACUCAAAUAUGAAAUAGCUCAACAGUACAAGGAAACAUGCCAGAUAUAAGGAAAAGGAGACUUGUCACAUGAUCAUGCUGACAACAGAAACUUGAUGUCGAAGGUUUAGUGAUGAACGCCAAGAUGCAUCUCAUAAUGUUAUAAUGUAUCAUCAUGGAUCAGUCCAUGAACUGUUUUAAUCUGACAUUAAGCCCACAGGAUGCCUUUGCAAUGGCCGACCUUGGGUUUGAAAGACUUAACAGAAAACCAAAUUUCAGUGCAAAGGAGACGCAGUACAUCAUUGACAUGGUACGCAAGUACAAGUUUGUUCUCAAUGAGAAGGCAUUGGAUAGUGCUACCAAUGAAAGGAAGAGGGAAGUCUGGCAGUUGAUAUGUGAUGGUAUCAAUGAAAUGACACCAGGUGUUUCAAGAUCUGUUGAUGAGAUUAGGAAACGGUGGCAGAACUUAAACUGCACUGCUCGAAAAGAAGCUUCAAAGUUCAAGAAAUAUCAAACUGAAGGGCUUGCUCCUCCACCCGUAUCAAAUUUCAGUCUGCAGAUCUUGGGCAUGGCCGAUGAAACUCAGGAGGAUGGGGUUCAAGACUUGGACAUUAAUCCCCAUGCCAUGAAAAUAGAGAUAGAUCUUGCCAAUGAGGACAGUCAAGACAACAGUAUCCAGGAUGUUCCAGGGUUUGCAAGUAGCCCAGGACACUCUUCUGGUGAAAGCAGCAAGUGUGAGAACUCCUCUGUGUUGAGUGCACAGGAUCAGGUCUACAUACCUCCAGUAUCAACCCCUACCUCUCUUCAGCCAAUAGAUGACCAGUUGCCACUCAACAUGCCCGAAUCAAGCAAUAAUAACCUCUCAAAGUUGGAGGGCUCUAGUCAGUCAGCAUUAUCAUCUAUACAGCAAUCAAAAUUCACAAGCAAUGGAUCAUUGCCUCAUAAUGAGCAAGAUGUUCCUCAUACCAGUGCAGCAAACAGACCUCAAGGAUCAAGUAGCAGCGGAUUUUUGCCAUCCAAACCAUCAUCACAGACCUCAAAUCAGGGAAACACAAGUCAUUCAAGAAACCACCGAAACAGAAAUCUAAAUCUAACAAAUGACAUUCAAAUCCUAACUGAUACCCUAACCUCGUGCUCUUCCUUUACAACCUCAAAUACCUCAACAAGUAACAAAUCAGGUUUCAAACAGAACAGUAUUCAAGAAAGUGCAAAGAGGAGGCGUUUAGAUGACCAGUCAAUGAAGCUUCAUGAAGAGCUGUUAGCAAGUGAGCGAGACUCCUUGUCCUUGGAGCGAGAGAAAUUAAAGCUUGACAGAGAGAAACUGAAGAUGGAACAGGAACAGAUGGCAGUGGAGAUGCAGAAGAUUCUCAUGGAGAAAGAGAAGCUGAACCUGGAGAAGGAUGUUGAGAGAGAGAAGCUGAGGAUGGAUCGGGAAAGAGUUUCUCUGGAGAUGCAGCAGGAGCGUCAGAAGCUUGCCUUGGAACGUGAGCGUCUGGAACUGGCUCGGGACCAGGAGAGAGCUCAUGGGCGACUGGAGCAAGAGAGAUUAGACAUAGAAAAGGAGAAAAUGGCAAUGGAGCAAGAAAAACUGGCCUUGGAAAUAAGUUAUUGGCGGCGGAAGUUACUUCAGACUCGGUCCAGUCAGGAUGAUUGCGGGUUUGAUAGUUAAGCAGUAUGAUGAAUAUUUAUGUAGGAAUGUGGUAAAUGUUUUGACUCUUUAAUGUUUCCAUGAUAUUGACCUUGAACUUUUGACCUGACUUAAACGUAUUUAUUCCAAUGAAAAAGCAAGUUUUUAUGGUCAAAGUACAUGUAUUGCGUCAGUUAAAACACAGGUGAAGAUGAAUAUUUUUUUACUUUUUAUUUUUAUCUGCCAAAUGUUAAUAUCAGUCAUACAGUAACAUGGUUGUACCAAAUGAUGUCACUUGUUCAGUAUUAUGAGAAUAUAUUCCUGGUGAA